AUGCUCGGCCAGAUGGCUGCCACGGCUGGCUCCGUCGCGAUUGGCUCGACCAUCGGUCACGGCCUCUCCAGCAUGCUCUUCGGUGGCUCCUCCUCGUCUGCCCCCGUUGAGCAGCAGGCCCCGCCCGUGCAACAGCAACAGCAGACGUGGGGCUCGGGCGCCGCUUGUGAGAUCCAGGCAAAGGAGUUCACCAAGUGCCUCGACAAGGCCGAUCUGCCGAGCUGCUCGUGGUACCUUGAGCAACUCAAGGCUUGCCAGGCCGCUGCUGCUCAGUACUAA